AUGGACUAUGCUCAGUUUGGUGAUGUAGUGAUAUUUGACACUACUUACAAAUUAAAUAACGAGCAUAGACCUUUUGGAUCAUUUGUUGGAUUUAAUCAUCAUCGAGAAACAGUUCUAUUCGGUGCAGCGUUGAUGUAUGAUGAGACUGCUGAAUCUUUUACAUGGUUGUUUCAAAUUUUUCUGGAGGCAAUGUCAAACAAAGCUCUGAAAACUAUUGUUAUAGAUCAAGAUGUUGCGAUGGCUAAGACCAUUCCAAUUGUCAUGCCCGAUACAAACCACCGACUUUGUACAUGGCAUUUGAUGCAAAAUGCUGUCAAACAUGUAAGUUCUGUUUUCGAUGAUGUAGGGGUCAAGGCCGUGUUUUCAAAAUUUAUGCAUGACAUUGAUGAUGAAGAAGAAUUCGGAAUACAGCGGGACCAAAUGCUUGAUAGUGAAUCCUUCAAUGCAUUUUUGAAGGAUUAUUUGAAUUGUGACCAUAAUUUGAUGGAGUUCUUCAUGCAUUUUGAGAGGGUGCUUUAUGAGAAGAGGUAUAAGGAAUUGGAAGCGGAGUAUAAUUUGUCCCAAAAAUUGCCAAGGGUUUCAAUUCCAACUUUGAUGUUAAAGCAAAUGGCAGAGAUUUACACGAAAACAAUUUUUGAGGAAUUCCAAAAUAAGUACGCGCAGUCCAUUGAAGCAUCAAUUAUAGGCACUAUUAAUGAUGGUGAGAGUACUAUAUUCACAAUAAGAACAAUGGUAGAUGGAGAAAAAGAUAAGAUUGUGACAAUGGAUAGAGGUGGUUCUUUGAGUUGUAGUUGCAAGAAGUUUAAGUGA